CUUAUUAAGAAGCUUCACUUCUCAAGCUCCUCUAGUGAAGUUUUCCAUUCAAUUUUAUUUUAUUUUUUUGGGAGAAAAUGGCUUCUUCUAUAGCUCAUUUUCUUGUAUUUAGUGCAAUAAUUGUUGUACAUUUUUCAUCAACACAAGCUGAAGUACAAGGUUCAUUUGAUGACAAUUUUAGUAAAAGUUGUCCAGAAACUCAUUUCAAGACUUCUGAAGAUGGACAGAUCUGGUAUUUAUCAUUGGACAAAAAAGCAGGAUGUGGAUUUAUGACCAAACAGAAAUAUAGAUUUGGGUGGUUCAGUAUGAAGUUGAAAUUGGUGGGAGGUGACUCUGCUGGUGUUGUGACAGCUUACUAUAUGUGCACAGAAGAUGGAGCAGGACCAACAAGAGAUGAAUUAGAUUUUGAGUUCUUGGGAAAUAGGACAGGUGAACCUUAUCUUAUUCAAACAAAUGUGUACAAGAAUGGAACUGGUAAUCGUGAGAUGAGACAUGUUUUAUGGUUUGACCCCACUGAGGAUUUUCACACAUACUCAAUUCUUUGGAAUACUCACCAAAUUGUGUUUUUCGUGGAUAGGGUACCAAUAAGAGUGUACAAAAACGCGAAUUACACAAACAAUUUCUUCCCAAAUGAGAAGCCAAUGUACUUGUUUUCAAGUAUAUGGAAUGCAGAUGAUUGGGCUACAAGAGGUGGUUUAGAGAAAACAAAUUGGAAAAAUCAACCAUUUGUUUCAUCAUACAAAGAUUUUAAUGUUGAUGGCUGUCAAUGGAAAGAUCCAUAUCCAUCUUGUGUUUCAACAACAACACAAAAUUGGUGGGAUCAAUAUGAUUCUUGGCAUUUAUCAAGUGAUCAAAAAUUGGAUUAUUCUUGGGUACAAAGAAAUCUUGUCAUUUAUGAUUAUUGUCAAGAUACUGAAAGAUUUCCAAAAAAGCCUGAGGAGUGUUGGUUAAAUCCAUGGGAAUAAUAAAAUAUUUCAACUUAGGUUAUAAAAAAAUAAAAUUAUGAGAGGAAUUAAGGAGUAUUUUGAUUAUUAUUAUUUUGAUGUUGAGUUACUUGAGUAUAUAUAUGCUUGUAUGAUUUUGUCAUGCCUAUAUUGUAUUAUUGAAUUGAUUAAUAUAUUAUUGAAGCCUUCAUAUUUUUGGAA